CCCCAUUCCAGAGAGCCGAGGGGAGGCCGGGCGGCCAUUGGCGGAGGGUCCGUCACGUGGGCCGGGGUCACGUGGGCCGGGAGGAAAAAGGGGGCUCUUUUUGGUGUAAAUCUGGACUCUAAUUCCGUAAUAUAUCAAGGUAUCUCGUAAAACCGACACUAAAACGCCCCGGCCUACAAAUCACCCGGCCAGAUUAUGAGCUCAUUGUAUUAUGCGAACGCUUUAUUUUCUAAAUAUCCAGCCGCAAGUCCGGUGUUUCCGUCUGGAGUCUUCUCCGAACAAACUUCUUGCGCGUUCGCUUCGAGCGCGCCGCGCCAGGGCUAUGGAGCGGGCUCGGCCGCCGCCUUCGCCGCCUCCAUGCCGGGGCUGUACGCGCCCGGGGGCGGGAUGCCCGGGCAGAGCGGGGCCGUGUACCCGGGCGGCUACGGGCUGGAGGCCAGCUCCUUCAACAUGCACUGCGCGCCCUUUGAGCCCAACCUCUCCGUGAUGGGUCCCGGCGGCGACUCCGCCAAGCCCGACUGCAGCAAGGCGGGCCACAGGGAGUCGGACCUGGCCGCCGGGGACAGUAACUUUCGCAUCUAUCCCUGGAUGAGGAGCACAGGCACCGACCGCAAACGCGGCCGCCAGACCUACACCCGCUAUCAGACCCUGGAGCUGGAGAAGGAGUUCCACUACAACCGCUACCUGACCCGGCGCCGCCGCAUCGAGAUCGCUCACGCCCUGUGCCUGACAGAGAGACAGAUCAAAAUCUGGUUCCAGAACCGGCGGAUGAAGUGGAAAAAGGAGAACAAGACAGCCGGACCCAGUUCCAGCAGCCAGGACAAGGCAGAGGCCGAAGAGGAUGAGGAAGAGUGAAAGAGAGCCCCAGCCCGAAACAAGAGGGGAGAAACGAGACUUUUCAAAGUGGGAAAAAAAAAUAACCCCAAAACACCGAAGGGCCGAAGUCUUGGUUUCUUCCCACUGACCAAGUAUACUACCUAGAUUAAAGGCUUCUGUUUGCUUUUGUUUA